UUUUGUUCCAUUUUGGUUGGGAAAAAAAGAGAGGAAAUUGAAUGAAGUAUUAAUGUUGGGACCUGUUUCUGCAAAUAGGAAAAAGUUACGGUUCAAGGAAUAGAACCGGGGUGAACCGGGAAAAGGGAAUCGGUUAGGGCAGUUUUCAGAAGCGUGCAGCGCGGAGAUACAUAAAGUAGCAAGGGACAUCUCGAGAGAUUGGCUUUAGGGCGUAGAAGAAAGAAAAAUAAGCCGUAGAAGAGGGCUCUCUCUUGGUGGAGCGUACCCCCCAAUAUAUCCUUACUACUCCAUUAACCGUUAAAGGUUACGUUGGAAACUUUUCAAACAUUUAUUCUUGGCGGAGAAAAGAUGGAUCGUUACCAGAGAGUGGAGAAGCCGAAAGCAGAGGCACCCAUUGACGAGAAUGAGAUUCGGAUUACCAGUCAAGGCCGAAUGCGUAGUUAUAUCACUUAUGCCAUGACUCUGCUCCAGGAAAAGGGCUCGAAUGAAAUAGUCUUUAAGGCGAUGGGAAGAGCCAUUAACAAGACUGUGACUAUCGUGGAGUUAGUUAAGAGAAGAAUUGUUGGACUACAUCAGAUUACAUCAAUUGGAUCCACGGAUAUAACAGAUAUGUGGGAGCCUUUGGAGGAAGGACUUCUUCCAUUGGAGACCACAAGGCAUGUGUCUAUGAUCACUAUAACUCUUUCGAAAGAAGAACUGAAUACGUCCUCUGUUGGGUAUCAGCCUCCAUUACCAUCUGAUCAGGUGAAGGCAUCCAUAGAAUUUGAUCAUGAGGGAGAGGGCUCGCCCAAUGGCCGUGGCAGGGGUCGUGGUGGUAGAGGAAGGCCAAGGAGUAGAGGGAAUGGUUUUGUCUCUGCUGAGUAUGAGGAUGGAGGCUGGGAACGCAAUCGUGGCUAUGCUAGGGGUAGAGGUCGAGGAAGAGGACGUGGUUUUCGUGGCCGUGGACGUGGAGGAUUCAAUGGACCUCAGUUUAAUAGGCAGCAAGAUGGAGGAUACAAUUAUGAAGCCCCUCCCCAAGGUGGCCGUGGACGCGGAGGAUACAAUGGCUCUCAGUUUGAUAGGCAGCAAGAUGGAGGAUACAAUUAUGAAGCCCCUCCCCAAGGUGGCCGUGGACGCGGAGGAUACAAUGGCUCUCAGUUUGAUAGGCAGCCAGAUGGAGGAUACAAUUAUGAAGCCCCUCCCCAAGGUGGCCGUGGUCGUGGCCGUGGCCGUGGCAGGGGAUAUCGUGGAAGGGGCCGUGGGUUUAGAUCAAAUGGGCCGAACCAGGCAGCUGCAUGAGGUGGUGGCAGUCCUUGAACCUCAUGGAAACGAUGGUGUUGGAUGCAUAGCCAGUUACAUGUUUAUGGAUUUUUUUUUUUUUUGCCUCUCGAGUCAUACUGCCAG